AUGAUAUUUGGGCCUAAAAUACCAACUUUCAUUUUAAUGUCGGCUAAACACCAGCUGGCUACACAGCAAGGAAAGAAGCCAACAGCGUACAGCCGGGUGCCACCUCGGAUUGACACGGGCAUCGUGAAGCAGCCGUCUCAGCCGCGGCUCAUGAAGGGCAUGAGGGUGGCCGGCCGCGACCCGAUACCCAUCAGGGGCAGUCCGUCGCCGCUCAUGCAGCGAGGUUACAGCCACGGCCAGCUGGUCGAUGUCAGGCUGGAGAACAGAAAUCUGGAGGACCUGGCGGCGGCGAUGCAGGAGCAGCUGCAGAUGUACGAGCAGGAGCUGGAGAGCCUGCGCGAGGAGCUGAGAGUGAAGGACGGUGAACACGAGGAGGACAUCCUCAAGCUGAAGUCGCAGCUGACGGCCGACCAGCGUGCUAACGUGCAGGAGAACAUUGAGUUGAUACGACUACAGAGGCAGCUGAAGGAGAAGAUUGCCAAGCUGGGUCAGCUGCAGGCACAGUACACAAAUCUCGAACAGCACCUGUCGGCAGCAAAGGUGAGUCAUGAGAAGCUGCUGCGGGAGCUGGAUCAGGUCAACCGCAGGCUGAAGGACGAGCAAAUGAACAGUCUGCGGCUCGAGAACGAACUGAAGGCCGGCAACACGACGCAGAGCAACCUCGUCGAGCUGGAGGAGCGUAUCUCUGACCUGAAGCGUGAGAACGACGUGCUGCGGCAGACUAACGAGCGGCUGGUGGAGAGUGCGUUCGACGUGGAGCGCGAGCGGCAGCACCGCGCCGUGGAGGCAGAGCUGCGCGCGCAGAUCGCUCAGCUGGAGGCGACGCUGCGCGCUGACCUACGGGAGAAGACGGGCGUACUCGACACGCUCAACACACAUAGAGAUGACUCAGAGAAGCUCAAGGAUGAGUUGAAGCAACUCAGAAUCCAGUAUUACACGCUAAAGGAACAGCACGAUGAGCUAACGGAAAAAAUGAAGUUCUUCACCAAGGAGAGUGCAGUGGAGCUGGCGGAAUUAGAGGAGGCACUGGUGCUAGUGAAGCGGCGCAAGGAGAAGGAUUCGCAGCAGCUCGACUUUCUGCAGGCAGUCGAUGAAGAGAAGGAGAAAGAUUUGGAUAAGUUGAUAGUGAGGCUGCGUGCAGAACAUGCGGAGACUGUUCAUGAGCUGGAGAAGACUAGAAAUAUGCUGCUCAUACAGCACAAGAUCAACAAAGACUACCAGGCCGAGGUAAGAGCUAUUCUUGCCCAUGAGUCUAAAACACCCAGUCACUCUUGCUCAAAAGUCCCUGUCAGUCCCGGACGCAGGGGAAUCAAGCUAAUGUUUUCAACACCGAUAGACAAACUGGAGAAGCAGCUGCGUGAUGUUGCCUAUGGGACAAUGCCAGUCAGGCUUCAGGAUCAGCAACGGUCGAGUGACGUGGAAGACAUUGAUGAGACAGUGCAGCUAGAACGAGGAGAAAAUCUGUUAGAAAUACACAUCAGCAAGGUGGCGUUCACGGCGGAGGGAUUGUCGGCGUUGGGCGACGGCGAUCCGUCAACGUUUGUCACGUGGGAGUUCUUCGACUUUGAGCUGCAGUCGACUCCCGUGCUGAAGAGCUCGAGGCCAGAAUAUGACUUCACUGCGCAAUAUGUGGUCAGAGUUGAUGAUUUCUUCCUGGCUUACAUACAGAAGGAGGCCGUUGUCGUGGAGUUGCACCAGGCGCUCGGUACAGACUACCUCACACUGGCUGCAUGCACGCUGAAACUAGCUAGCAUAUUGGACAAGUCUCAGGGGCGUCUACGCGGGACGGCUACACUCACAAGCAUACAAAAUGGUGAACCUGCCCUCAACUAUGGAAUGCUGGAGUACUGGGUAAGACUGCGUGUGCCAAUGGACCAAGCACUGCGCCUCUACAAGGAGCGCAGCAAGGCACUGGGCUACCUGGGAGCAAACACGACGCAGACAGAGAGGGCACUGCGGGUGUUGGACGACGAUGCGGCGUCCGUGCCGUCCGACAGCAUCAAUGAGCUGCACGUGCGAAUCAUCUGCUGCAGCACACUGCGCUCCCGCCAAGACGGCGUUCAGCCAUCUCCCUACGUCGUGUACAAGUUCUAUGACUUUGCCGAUCACGACACAGCCAUCAUUCCAUCGAGCAAUAACCCGCAGUUUGCUGAUCACAUGACCUUCCCGGUGCCCGUCGACUGGGACCUCGACAGAUAUCUAAAAUCUCAGGAGCUGCGAUGCUACGUGUUUGACGACACGGACGCGCAGCACGGCUCCUACCUCGGCGUCGCACGUGUGCCGCUGCUGCCCCUCGCUCACGACACCGCCGUCAGGGGCACCUUCCAGCUGACACAGGUGGACGGCGCUGUGACGGGAACCAUGGACGUGUCGUUGAACUGGGAAUUCACCUACAUAUCACCGCGCGCUUCCACUCAGACCGCUCCCCAGGUGCUGGCGACGACUCCUCAGCUUCAGGAGCAAGCCGCGCUGCUGCCAGGGGAACGCAGCGAGCUGUCGCGCGCUGCCGUCGCCACCGGCUCGACGACGAACGCCGACCUUCUCGCUCCCGUCUCCGACCGCCGCGCGAGGCCGGACGUCGCCUCCCAGCGGGUGGCGCCACCGGCGGUCACGCCCCGCAAGGAGGCGCCAGCGGUUCCUCCUCCGUCGGCCCCGGAGUCUGCGAGCACGCCGAUCGGGAAGCCACCUCCUGCUCCGAAGCCCAGGGAUCACAAGCCAUCGCCAGCAAGAAGAAAGCUGAUUCAUGCAAAAUCUAGUCUCAUAGAGGAGGAAAAUGAGAUGGCUAGCUCAAGUACCACAGCCACGGCUGAAGUGAAGGUGGGGACGGGAAGCGCGAAGCCAGCCGUGGAGGAGAAUGUUGAUGAUCUCAUCGCAGCAGAGCUGGGAGAACCUCUCAGUACUACCGUGGAGCUACCGGUAGAUGGCGAGAAAUCGGAGGAGAGUAAGCUCGCGGAAACUAUAGUAGAAAGGUCGAUCUCAGAAAAGUCGGAUGAGGAGGAGGAGGAGGAGGAAGAAGAAGAAGAGGAGGAGGAGGACACGGAGGAGGGAGAGGUUCGGGCACCCCGGCCCUCCGCGCGUUCGCACCUCGCUCCCGUGCUGUCCAGUGACAGUGAGGGCCUCAUCGUGUCACCUGCAGCGACCGCCAGACCCGAGAUGUCUGAUCGGGUCAUCAUCAUUGUCUCUCACCUCACGCUGGACGAGAGCGCAUCCGCUCACGUCGACCCGUCCGUCAAGCGUCUGUUCGUCGCCUAUCAGUUCCUAAACGCGCCACCAGAGGAGCUGGAGACACCGUUCUCACUUCCAAAGCCUGAGCCACGCAAGCAGAUCGCGUUCAACUUUCGAAAAGUGUUCCACGUAGAUCGGGAGAGUAACUAUGAGAAGAGGCAGUACCUCGCCAGUAUGCUACUACCAGACUCACUAGACAACGGAAAAUUGACCUUCACAGUGGUUAGUGAGCCACCGGAUGACAACCACAGUGCUGACUGUGAGGACAUAGGUUAUGCUAGCGUGGACUUCAACCAGAUGUUAGAAGAUGGAAGUGACUUAAUUGAUAAAGAUAUUAAAAUCUACGAUGCUGACGAUGACGAUCGGAGCAUCGGUGUGCUAAACGUCACUGUGGAGGCUGUCAUGGCUCUGAUGGCAGUCAAGUCUGAGAUCGCACUCACUGAUGAGGAGGCGACGUGACGACAGUGAGAGAUAUGGAGUCUGCGAUCAGUGAUGCUGAUGACAGUGAGAGAUAUGGAGUCUGCGAUCAGUGAUGCUGAUGACAGUGAGAGAUAUGGAGUCUGCGAUCAGUGAUGCUG